AUGAUCUGGUCGUCAGUACUACUGGGCCUCGCAGGUCUGUAUGCUUUUGACUAUUUUCGUCGUCUUUUCAAGAACAUCCGCCUAGCUCAGCGCACAGGUCUUCCAUACACCGUGUUGCCAUUCGCUGGGAAUAGUUUGCAGGUGAAAAUACUGCUCAGUAUUAGAUGGCUGCCGUAUAUCAUCAACCACUGGCUCCCUGACUGGCUGGCCGAUAUCAUAAACGACGACACCUAUGAUUAUCGAUGGACCGUUAAAGAUCGACGUGUAAAAAAGCUAGGGAAAAUGUAUAUGGUCGUCACAGCGGAGAAUAUAGUUUGCCAUAUUGCAGAUGCUCACCUCGUCACACAGAUAUGCAAUGCACGUCAGAGCUUCCCCAAGCCGAUUUGGCAAUAUGGGUUUCUUAAUCUGUACGGACCAAAUCUACUCACGUGUGAAGACCAAGGUUGGGCGCAUCACAGGCGCCACACAGCACCAACCUUCAACGAGAAAAAUAGUGCACUUGUCUGGGAAGAGUCUAUCCGUCAGAUGACAGAGAUGCUCCAUCACUGGCAGAUAGCUGGCACAUCAGAGAAGCUGCACGGGUUCGUUGUAGCGAGUACGAGGGGAGACCUCCUAAAAUUCAGUCUGAAUGUCCUCUCUGGUGCUGGCUUCGGGGUAAAACUUCCCUUCAAGCAAUUGCCACAAGAGUCGUCCAACGACCCCAAUGACGUGUUCAAAGAUACAGCAAAACCUCCAGAGGGGUUCAGCUUCAGCUUCCGGUCUGCUGUGGCGUACAUGAAUUUAAGGAUCAUGACGGUGGUUUUGGCAACUAUGGUCAUACCAAAAUGGAUUCCCAGAGCGUUGAUUCCAUGGCUCAAAUCGGACUUUGAAGCCCAUAGGGACUUAGAGGCUUAUUUGCGGAAAUUGAUCAGCAUUGGGAAAGCUGAGAAGACAGCUGACAGCAGUCAAAACUUGAUUCAGGGACUAUUAUUGUCCAGAAAUAAAGUGGCAGCAAAUGGGAGCUCGAAAGGCACUGGCCUUACCGAUUUGGAAAUAAUUGGGAAUAUGCAUAUUUUCACCAUUGCAGGACACGAAACCACGGCAACCUCUUUGCGAUUUACUCUGCUACUCUUGGCAUUACACCCGGACGUUCAAGACUGGCUAUACGAAGGCAUUCUCGAGGCGGCCCACGGUGAACCUGAAGAUGUUGCUCAAUGGGAUUAUCAUCGCAUGCUCCCUAAGCUGAUUACACCGUUAUGCGUGAUGCUUGAGGUCCUCCGCCUCUAUCCCCCUGUAGUGACGGUACCUAAAAGCACGUCCAAAACCCCAAGUCCCCUCAACUAUCAAGGCAAGCAGUACCUCUUACCGCCGCGAGUCAACGUUAAUCUCAACGCAAAUUGCCUCCAUUAUUCAGAACAAUACUGGGGCCCAGAUGUUGCAACAUUCUAUCCUCAAAGAUGGGACGCAAGAAAUCAGAACAGCUUUCUAGCAAAGAAUGCGGGGGCAUUCAUUCCUUUCAGCGAUGGGUUUCGGGCUUGUCUGGGAAAGAAAUUUGCCCAGGUCGAAUUUAUUGCCGCGUUGUCAGCUCUUUCCCGGGAUUAUAAGGUCGAAUUGGCAGAUGACAGCCCAGAAGGUCGUAAGGAUGCGGAAAGAGUGUUGCGAGAGAGCACCUCAGUGCUGACACUAUCGAUGAGAGAGGAUGUUCCAUUGCGGUUUCGGAGGAGAAAGGACUAG